GAAAGAAUUUUAUUCAUUCUAUAUUUUCUAUUCCAAUUUCAUAUAAAAAAUAAAAUAUAAUAAACAGUGUGUAAUGUGGAUAUCCCAUUGUCUCAUAUUAACAGUUUUUUGCCUAUUUUAAAUAUUUCUAUUCAGUUGAUUUGUUAGUUAUGGAAUUUGAAAUUGAGGAAAAGUUUGUUGAACAUGACCAAAGAUCUAUACAUAGUCGGCUAUCUACAUCAACAGAAUUUGUGGAUUUCAAGAAUGAACUAGUAGAGGAUAAGUCAGCAAUGGAACUACAACUCAAAAUUGAGGAAGAGUUUGUUGAUCAUAAAGAGAUGAAGAAUGAACCAGAAGAAGAAUAUGGCUCAGCUAUAGAAGUAAAAGUUGAACCUAAGGAAGAGUUUGCUGGAGAUGUGGAAGGAUGUAUAGAACCUCAUCUGAUUACGUCCCUAGAUCUUAAAAACCUGAAUAAUGAACAAUGUGAAGAUAACUUAGGUCUUUCUUACACGGAGAACCGAAUGGAAAUUAUGAAAAUUUUACCUGAAGAUUCAUUUAACAAAAACCAAAUAAGUCCAGACUCCGAAGAAGUACCAUUAACUAAUUUAAAUGGACAUAUGAACAUCGAGACUGGAGAAAGACUGGAGCAGAAUAAAUCAAUGGAACUACAAUUCAAAAUUGAGGAAGAGUCUGUAGACUACAAAGAGAUGAAGAAUGAACCAGAAGAUGAAGAUGGCUCAGCUAUGGAAGUAAAAGUUGAAACUAAGGAAGAGUUUGCUCGAGAUGUGGAAGGAUGUAUAGAGCCUCAUCUGAUUAUGUCCCUAGAUCUUAAAAACCUGAAUAAUGAACAAUGUGAAGAUAACUUAGGUCUUUCUCACAAGAACCGAAUGGAAAUUAUGAAAAUUUUACCUGAAGAUUCAUUUAAUAAAAACCAAAUAAGUCCAGACUACGAAGAAGUACCAAUAAAUAAUUUAAAUGGACAUGUUAACAUGAAGACUGAAGAAGGACCUGAGAAAAAUAAAUGUCUUUCCUACAAGAAGAACCGAAUGGAAAUUAUGAAAAUUUCACCUGAAGAUUCAUUUAAUAAAAACCAAAUAAGUCCAGACUCCGAAGAAGUACCAAUAAAUAAUUUAAAUGUUACCAUCCAGACUGGAGAAGGACCGGAGAAGAAUAAAUGUGAAAUUUGUUUUAAGCAAUCAGAAGGUCCGAAAUCAAAGAAGAGAAAACUAACUGAUGAUGAUUCUUUAGAAAAUCAAUAUGAAGCACAGCUCGAUGAAGGUGAAUCUGAUAAACAAGUUAAAAAUUUACUACCAAUCAAGACAAAAAGGGGCAUAAUUCCUAUGCAAACUUUGGAACCAAUCCAAGAUGAACAAGAUGAAGAAGCUUCAGAUGUCAAUAAUGAAGAAGAGGUAAUUGAAGAAACUGAACCUGAAGGAAACAAUUUUUCUCUAGAAUCUACAGGAUUUGAUACAGGUGAACCAAUUUCAGCAGCUCAGCUAUUAGCAAAAAGAAACGAAGUCAUAAACAAAAUGAAAAUUCACAUUGGAACAUUAAGUUCUGGUUUAUUAGAAAACCCAGAGGAGAAGGUCUUGAAUUUACGAACGUUGCUGUCCUUGAUGGAUGAAGAAGCUGCGCAACUUUACAUAACAGUUAAAAAAUUGAUCACUGUAUCUUUGUUGGAGGUGUUCAAAGAUAUAUUACCAUCAUAUGAGAUCAAAAAUUUGAUGCCAGAUGGAGUUAAAUUGAAAAAGGACACAUUAAAGCUGCAAAAAUACGAAGAAAACCUCCUGUUAUAUUACAAAAAGUUCUUACAGAAACUAGAAAAGUAUGCUUUAGUGUUGUUUAAGAAAAGAGGAGAUACACGCAAAAGAUCAGAAGAAGAAUUAACGUUAGGAGUAUUAGCAAUACAAGCUAUGUGCGAAUUAUUAAUUACACAUCCGUAUUUUAAUUUUUCGCAGAAUAUUGCUCAAGCAGUAGUUCCAUUUUUAAAUAACCGCGACAAAUCUGUUAGGGAACUGGUUAAAACAUCCGUGAAGACAGUAUUUAAAGAAGAUAAAAAAGAUGAAAUAACUUUGAAGAUUCUUAGAAUUAUAAACAACUACUUAAAGAACCAUCUGCAUGUGCAUGUAGAUAUGCUUGAAGUGUUCUUAGUAUUAAACCUAAGAGAUGUUAAUUUGGACCAAGAAAAAGAGCAAGAUAUGAAGCAGAAAAAGUUGAUGUCACAUAAAUCUAGGUUAUUGCAGAUGUCAAAAAAAGAAAGAAAAAGAAAGAAAAAGUUGAAGGAGGUUGAGAAGGAACUUAUGGAAACCAAAGCUGAAGAAAAUAAACAAGUCAAACAGAAAAAUUUGACGGAAAUAACAAAAAUAAUAUUCAAUGUCUAUUUUCGGAUCUUGAAGACCUCCAGCGACACAAAAAUUUUGGGUGUAUGUCUAGAAGGAUUGGCAAAGUACGCACAUUGUAUAAAUUUAGAAUAUUAUGUAGACAUAGUCAAUGUCUUGGAUAAUCUUCUGAAAGAAGAUUGGUUAGGAUAUAGGGAGCAGUUGCAUUGUAUUCAAACAGCCUUUGCCAUUUUAGGAGGUCAAGGAGAAGCCUUAAAUCUUGAUCCACUCAGAUUUUACAAUAAUCUCUAUAAGGAAUUACUCACGAUUAAUGCCUCUUCGAAAAAGUCAGACAGCACAUUGAUUUUGAUAAAAACUCUGAACGAAGCAUUGGUAAGAAGAAGGAAGAAAAUUACAAGUAAAAGAAUGUUGGGCUUUACGAAAAGAUUGGCUCAAUUGAGUCUGCAAUUAACACAUGAUGGAUCGAUGGGUUGCCUGAGUUUGAUAAAAACCAUAAUGCAAUUGUCGAGAUCAACCGAUAUUUUAUUGGACCUUGAUCCGUCAACAGGAGAAGGCAAAUACGAUCCAGAAAUUGACGAUCCCGAAUAUUCUAAUGCUUCUAGCAGCGCAUUAUACGAGUUGAUGUUAUUAUCUAAACAUUACCAUCCGAUCGUCAGUAAAUUCGGUAGAAAUAUUGCAAGUGGGGCCCCCUCAGCCGGCGAAGGAAGUCUCCCAGGGGAAUACGCUAAGAGUGCUGCAGAUCAAUUGUAUAUAGAUUUUGACAUGUCCGAAAUGGCAUUUAACCCUCCUGUACCGCCACCUAAGAAGGAACAGCCAAAAACCAGGCCAAAGCAAAUAUUUUUCGCUGACAGUACGUUUGAGGAAGAAUGUAGGCAAUGUUUACGUAGACCCACUAAAAGAAAAUCAUUCUGGUUUGAUAGUUUGUGAAUAUAUGGUUUAUAAAAUAAA